CCACCAUCUAGAUAAUUUCCCAGCAUUCCGUUCGAACUUCCUUUUCCUCCAUUUUUUCGUACAGUGCAGGUAUAGGUAGCCUGGACUAAAGUCUCACAAUGCCGGCUGGAAGACUCUGGAGCAAGGCCAUCUUCACUGGCUACAAGCGUGGCCUGAGGAACCAGCGCGAACACACAGCCCUUCUGAAGGUAGAGGGAGUCUACACCAGGGAUGAGGUUGACUUCUACCUGGGCAAGCGUUGCGCUUACGUCUACAAGGCCAAGAACACCACAAAGACGCCCGGUGGCAAGCCCAACAAGACGAGGGUCAUCUGGGGCAAGGUCACCCGCGCACACGGCAACAGCGGCAUGGUGCGUGCCAAGUUCAGGAGCAACCUGCCCGCAAAGGCAAUCGGACACAGAAUUCGCGUGAUGCUCUACCCAUCCCGCGUCUAAUGUGCUGUUGUUGUGUACAUACAAUAAACAAAGUCUGGUUGAAAUGUU